CUGAUCCCUCCGCCACGGGGCUGGUCCCUCCGCCACGGGCCGGUCCCUCCCUCACGGGCCGCUCCGCUCCGCGCCGCGGGGAUGAGAGCGGGGCCGAGUCCCGAGCUGCGCCGCGGGCUCCGCGCGGGGCCAGGCAGAAGAUGAAGCCCAUCGUCCAAAGAAGACGAUCUACACCUUCUACCAUUGCUAAAGCUCUUGGCAAGUCAAGGUACCAUUCCAGAGAAACUACCCUUUCCUCUUCUCAUCUUGACAAUGGGCUGCCAAGUGGAGUGUUCAGCAGCCCAGGCUCCACUUUCAUCCUGGAUGAGCGGGUGCAGCUGACCAUGGGCCUGCAGACCCAGGAGAGACACCUGAUCCUGUUCAGCGAUGUGCUGGUCAUCGCCAAAUCCAAAUCGUCCUCCAGCCUGAAGCUGAAAAAGCAGGUGCAUCUGAGUGAAGUAUGGACAGGCAUCUGUCUCAGCGAAGUGACAGAGAAAAAGAUGAGUUCUGAGAAUUCAUUUGUCAUCGGCUGGCCUACCACCAACUAUGUUGUCACCUUCAGCUCAGCUGAUGUGAAGGAGCGAUGGCUGUCAGCACUGCUGUGGCAUAUCAACGAGGUAAAACAGAAUGAAUAUCUGAAGAAUCUAACCCUUCAAAUCUUUGUGGUAGAUGCUGACAACUGUUCUACUAUGACAUCAGUCGAUGUGUCCAACAUGGAAACUGCAGAGAGUGUGAUGAAGAAGACCCUUCUGCAGGUUGGACUUCCUGGCACGACAAGUGAACACCAUCUCUGGGUGAUCUCAGGAAAAGAUGACCCUCCUUACCCUCUCAUUGGGCAUGAGCAUCCCUUCAGCAUCGCCUUGACCUGUCUCCGGGACUCUGCUGACCAGCAACAAGGAACCAACAAUAACACCGUCCUGGCUGAUGGGACAGAGGCUUCCUUCCUUGAUCAGCUCCCAAAGGAGAAGCAGUGUCAGUUUGUCCUGAAGCCCAGGCUCCAAGCUCCCAUUCAGCUGAGGAGAGAGUCGCUGCAGAAGCUCACCAAGAGGAAGAAGUCUCUGAUCGACUGGGCCCUGCGCCGCAGCACCAGCCCCCCCGCGGGCAGGUCCCCCUCGCAGUCGCCCACCACCCCACGGAAGCUCUUCGGCCUCUCCCUGUCCUCUGUGUGUCCCGACGGGAGCCUCCCAAAGCCAAUCAUGGAUAUGCUGCUGCUGCUGUACCACGAAGGUCCCUCUACUAGGGGCAUUUUCAGACGUUCUGCCAAUGCCAAGAUUUGCAAGGAGCUGAAAGAGAAGCUGAACUCUGGAGAUGAUGUCCAGGUGGAUGGGGAGUCAGUCUUUGUGGCUGCAGCUGUCAUCACGGAUUUUCUCCGAAAUAUACCUGACAGUGUUCUAUCCUCAGACAUGCACAGACUGUGGAUGGAAGCUGUGGACACGGAAAAUCGGGCACAUAAGAUUGAAGCUAUCAAAAGUCUCGUCAACCAGCUCCCAGAGGCCAACCUCAUCUUACUCAGACACCUCUUUGGAGUUCUCCAUCACAUUGAGCAGAAUUCUGGUGUGAAUCAGAUGAAUGCCUUUAACCUGGCUCUUUGCAUAGCACCCAACAUGCUGUGGCUACCGAGUCCCACGGGGCCUGAAGAGGAGAGCAGGUCUACAAAGAAGGUGGCCUCGUUAGUGCAGUUCCUUAUUGAAAACUCGGGAGAGAUUUUUGGAGGUGACAUUGCUUCCUUGUUUCAAAGACCAGACAAAAAGAAGUCCAAAACCUCAGAGGAGUGCCUGGGCACAGGUUUGGCUCAGCACGAUGAUUCCUCUGAUGAGCUGGAAUUUUCUGCUUGUGACCCAGAAGGACCAAAGCAUGACAUGGUACCUGAAACAGAUGCCGUUUUUGAACCAUCCAGCAGCUUAUUUUUUGGUGAGGAUCAGGAAGACUGGGACUUGUUCAGCGAGAUCACAGCCUGCUACCAAAGCAAAGCCCAGAAGAAUGCCAGUGCAGACAGCUAUGAGCUCCUGGAAGAGGAGGGCUCCUUCUGCUCCAUUGGCUCCAUCCGCUCCCUCAGCCCGGCCAGGGACCGGUGCUCCUCAGAGCCCAGCGUUUGCCUCAGCUCCCAGCUGCCCAUCCAGAGCCACGAGCCAGUGGCCCGCCAGUCCAGCUGCGAUGCCACCAUCAUGGGCAACCACACAGACUGCUUCCACAGGCUCAAGCAGCUGCAGGUGGAGAGCCAGAAGCUGAUUGAUGAAGCCCUAAGCCCUGGGGCUAAUAAGGCCCAGCAGAACUUGUGGCAGUCACCUCAGACCAGCUCUAGGCUGAAGAAACUCAGCCUUCAGAAGUCCAGCCAGUCCAACAGGUCCAGCUUCUCUAGCCUGUCCUCUACCACCACCUCCCCAUCUGCCUCCUCACUCAGCUCCUUAGACAGUGCUUUCUCCUACUGCUCCGAGUCAUCAGCCAUUAGUCCCACAGACGUCUCAUCCCUGCCCUUCAUGUUUGGUACAUCUGCCAGUCUUCACGCUCUGUCCCCCAAGAUUGCCACGAGGUCCCUGAAAGAGUGGCACAAGUCCUUCAUGUCUCCUGUGCCUUUACAAGCGUGUGACCUGGACAGUUUCCAUGAGUGUGACCCCAAGGCUGUAGAGAACAGCCAUUGCCUUGGGGAGAUGUCAAGCUUUCCAUCUGUCAGCAGAGCUGCCGUGGGGAGCCCGCCAACUGACAUUGACUGGAAGGGUGAGGAGAGAGUAGACUGGAGAUGUGAGGGCAACCCCAGCCCAGGGCUCAUCAGCCAGGAUUGUACCAAAGAGCUUGAACAAAGCCCUGAGCUCUGUGCUGCCAGCCCAGCUGGUAAAAAAUCCCCAGAGAUCAGCCCCCAGCAGCACCAGGAGAACGCAGUGAAGAACAUCGAAAUCAAAAGCAUCGCUGCUUCCCCUCCAAGCCAGGAAAGCCUGAAGCGAACCAAGAUAACUUUUUAUGUGGCCCCCAAUAAAGAAAGCUCUUGGGGGUGUCCAGUGGAAGAGGAUGAGGAGAGACCCAUGGACGAUGCCAGCAGCAAUGGAGAACAGAGCCUGCCCAAGAGCUUGCAGACCGUGAGAGUCCACAUCCCCCAGACAGUUUUCUAUGGGCAGAACACCCCCCUUGUCCUGCAGUCCAUCUCCAGGUGCCACCACCACAAACCAGUGGCCCUGUCCCCGCAGGCAGAGCCCAGAGGAAGCCCCCAAAGCACCUCCACUCCCGAGGAGCUGGAGGGCGAGGCAGUGGGAAGGGCGCAGGCGCCAGCCCACAGCAAGGGCUUCCACACCCUCAGCCACACCAUCCGGAUCAUCCUCCCUGCCGCCGUCCGGAGCACUGUCAGCGAGUACUUCAGGCACGAUGACACCAACAGCUGUCCCGCCGCUGAGGUGGAAGCAGUGGAGAAGGAGCUGCUGCGGAGCAGGGUGGAGUGGCUCAGGAGCCAGCCCCAGGCAGGGCUGUCCCCAGAGGAGCCCAACACCACGGCCUGUGCCCAAGAGACCUUUGUCUAGGGCAAUGGACGGGGGAGAACUGGGUAUUUUUUGUGUGUAUAUGCAGCAGAAAAUAUUCUGUAAGAUACGAUCAGGGUGUGAAGAAUCUGCCGGGCUGCAUGGAGCAGUAAGUGUAAAGUGACAGUAAUGUGUAUGUAAUGUUGAGGUUUAACAUUCAUUUUGGGGAGGGGGCAAGGGGUUAUUUUGGUUUUUCUUUAAGCCCUUUUUCUACAGAAGACACUUCACUGGCUGAGUGUCUCAGGGGCUGAUUGCCACCAGGCUCCAUCUGUGAAUUAGUUGACCUGUACAGGGUCUGACUCCAUUUCUUUUUGAAGUGGAAAAGGAGAAACUCUGCUUUAUUUUCUCCAGUCAGCUGCUGCUGUGUCUGGAUGACUGGAGAACUGGGACAGCUCAUGCUCCAUCAGAAUUAGUUCUGGAGCACAGAAUCCUCCAGUAUUCCCUGUUCAUCACCAUUAUUCACACAAAGGAAGACCCUUCACCUCCAGCUCAGCAGUCACUGCUGCUUCCCUCUGCCCAUCUUUUGUCCUGCACUGGUCUAGCUCACCACCUGCCUUCAUCAUCAUUAGAGCUCCAGAAACCCCAAAUAGAACCCAGAGCCCAAAGCCCAGCUUUCACUGACAGGUGGCACAUUUUAAUCCCAAGAUUGCUUUUCCCUCCAUUACUCAUGUAUUGAUUCUCUUCUCAGCUCUCCCCCAUAGAUAACAUUUGACAGAGCCACAGUGACCAUAAAGGACUUCAGCACUGUCACUUUUGCAGGGCUAUGGCCAUUUUCUUUUUUUUUUUUAUGUUCUCUGGGAGUAGCUGGUCCUUUUAGUCCCAGUUAAAGGUGACAUUAUAUUUCUGUAAAUGAUGGUGACAUUUCAGAAGGCCCUUUCCAGAUGCAGUGUGGAUGGGGCAACUAAUGAAAUUCCUAGUCAUGCUGAGAGGGACUUAAGCAGGAUUUGGUUUUAGCAUGAGGUCAAGGAGUUGUGGAAGUUGUCAAGAAUGUUAAGUGGAUGGUGAAGCAAAGCUCGAGCUGGCCAGAAAGUUGUCAGACAGUCCAUGAGCUGAGAAUAUCCAGGCUGAUGCUGCCUCAGAGAAGUACUGAGUUCCCACUCAGCAAAGUGCAAGUCACAGAGUGCUCCGGCAGGGUGAAGGCUGGAGAAGUGCCAGGCACAGAUGGGGCCAACAGGUGGCUUGUGGUGCUCCACUGAAGAGCUACAACUACUAGAUUCCUGGAGCAUCCCUGUGCUUCCACCCAAGGCACUGCUCAGAAGCACCACAGUCAUAAUGGGACUUGCUUAGAGGGUUGUGAUGCUGGCAGAUGAGCUCCUGAAAGAGCCAAGAACACCAUGUUUGACAGGCGUACAGAAAACGGUGGGAAAAGUCUCAAAGGUAAAGAGGUUUAGGAUGUUUCAUUUGAAAGUUACGUGAGAGUUUUUCUAAGGUGGUUUCUCUCAGAGAGAUGCUCUUUUUACUCAAUUAACAGUGAAUGAGUGAAAGACAAGAGAAAUUCAUUAAUCCUAAUGAUUAUGAGGAAGCUCAUGUGGAGUAAGUGCCCCCUGCAAGUUGCUGUCUGCAAACAGCCCUACCUGGAGCUGCUCAACCCCAGCCCCGUUCAGAGCUUGCACAGGGGGGGCGAUCCCCCCUCUGUGAAACCAUCCAGUUGGCAUCAGAUGCCUCCACUCAUCUGCCCACUGCCAAGUUCACACCAUCAAAUACCAGGGCAGGGCAGGGAAGCCCAGAGACCACUCUCCAAGAUGUAUAGUUUUAUCUGUUCUAUGCAGGGUAUUUAACUCUGAGAUAUGGCACUCUCUGUCCCAGAUCACCUUGGUGGCCCUUGUAUGAUGAAAGGUGUAUAUAAUCAUAAUACAAACCACCCCCCAUCCUUUCCCUCACACAGGAACACUCACAAGCCAUUCACAGUCUUUUUUUCCAGAGCUACAGUUGUAACUAUUCCAAUAAAAAAACCACACAAAUUUGUCACUGUGGUCUGGUGAUCCCCUUUCAUUCCCUUGAUCCAACUUCCCUCUCCUCUGGUGGCAUUUGCAGAACACCAACCAGUGAGGAACACAUGGGCUGUCCCCAGGGCUGCAAGGAGCGCCCCUCAGCAAACCAGCUUAGGCAUUGCUCCUGCUUGGGUCUUAGGAAGGAGAAACAGCACUAAAUAUUAUGUGAAAAGUCUGUCUGUACUUGGAAGAGAGAUGAUUCUGUAUUCUAAACAUGCUAAUGGAUUGUAAACUGGCUCAGUGGCUGGGCUGGUCUCAAACAAGGGGGGACUUGGACCAAAUGCUGAGUAAGAGCUGAUUAUUUGCAUCACAUAAAAGAAUUAUGAGCAAG